AUGUCUUCACGCGCCUCCGCCAAGUCACCCACUCCGGGAAGCUCUUCUUCCUCCAAACAGCCUGUCAAGAGCCUGGCUGAGGAACUCGAGGGAGCUCCGAUGGCAGUGGACUCGGACGACGAAGUCACCCUCAAAAAGGAAACCUACGACAAGCUUCGAGCCCGAGUCAAGAAAGGAGACGACGACAUUGCUAAGGUCCAGGCCAUGUACAACGAAACCGCCAACGAACUCCAGGGCCUCAAACAGAUGAUCCAGGAGCUCGGCAACGGACCCCAGAGACUUACGGACCUCGAAAACGGAAUCGCUCGCCUAGGAGGACAAGGCAGCAACCCUCUCAUACAGGAACUACAAAACGAAGUCAACACCCUUCGGGCUGCUGCCAACAUCGUCACUACCCCCACUGGGGGACGACAGAAACUCAAGCUCAGUGCCCCUAUCACCUACGACGGCACCCCUGGACAACUCAAGUCAUUCCUGAUCCAAGUCAAGAACUACCAAAACUUCCACCAUGGAGACUUCACCAGUCAAACCGAGAAAGUCGUCCAUGCCGCCACUUACCUACGAGGACGAGCCCUCAAAUGGUUUGAACCCAUCCAGGAAGAAUUCCUCAAGUACGAAACCCUGGACGAGUGCUCCACCGAGACCCGAGACAUCUACAGCAGUUUUCAGGGAUUCGAAGAUGCCCUACGAUCUCUCUUCCAGGACCCCGAUGAAAAGCGACAAGCUGAAAGAGAUCUCGCACAACUGCGACAGACUAAGUCAACCAAGGAGUACGCCGCCAUGUUCAGACAGCUCAGCAUUCAGCUCGACCUCACCGAGGAAACCAAGAUCUUCAUGUUCUAUCAGGGACUUAAAGACGAAGUCAAGGACGAAAUCGUCAAGAUCGAUCGCCCCGAAGACUUCCUUCAGUAUGCCGACCUCGCAAUCAAGAUCGACAACAGGCUAUUCGAACGACGCAAAGAAAAGGGCGAAAAACGACAAGGACCCAACACGGGACGCAAGUACCAGUGGCAACCCCAGCACAAGUUCAACAACCAGCGGAACGACAACAGACCCCGCAGCAACUGGAACAACAAUCGACAAAGCACCGCUUACGGACAACACAGCGGACCCAUGGAUCUCAGCAUGAUGACUAAACCCAACGACAGGAAGCCUUGGAACCCCAAGUGCUACAACUGCAACAAGCAAGGCCACAUCGCCAAAGACUGCAGACAACCCAAGAAACUUCCCUGGAAACCAGUAGCCGAACGACCUCGACAAGUCAACACGAUUGCAAAAGCCUCACAUGCAUCCCAAUCUUGGACCGGAUGCUACGACGAUGACUGCCGAAUCCACCUCGAAGACAAAGAAAUGUCAGGACACUACCCAAGGGACAGCAACCCUGGACGAUCCGGAUACGACAUGAGUGCCCCGGAUACUCGCCCCAGAACCCUGGCAAUGAUGCAUUCCAGCAACAGCAGAGUCGCCAGAAAGCCAGUUGAACAACUCAACGAGAUGCUACGAAUCCAGCGACUAGAACCAAUCACCUCACAUGAAGAUACCCGACAAACGCGUCUACGCCAACAAGAAUCAGAGGAAGAACCAGAACAUCAGCAUGAUCCUCUGACAGAACAACAACUUCUCAGUAUGACCAGCAACUGGACUUUUGGAGAAGGCGAAAGCUCAUCCUAUGACUCGGACGAACCUCGCGAUGUUGCCCGACAACGUGCUCAGACAGAGAUCACCUAUGGGUUCACCCCCAGUGUGGACGACUCUAGCUCUGAAGAGGAACCUGACGACCAGGAAGACAGAAUCCAGCAACUCCUGAAGUACCAGGAAAUCGACAUGCUUCAAGACGAGCAACAACGCCACUUUUAUGGCACCUCAGCAACCCAACGAGACCGGGACUACACCCCUCAGAUACGCACGGAAGACCAUCCCGCACUAAGAAGCAACCACCGACUUCACCGAACCCUCUUCUGGUCCCAAUGUUUCCACGACAAAUGCAAAGAACACAUGGGAGAAAAGCACGACUACCAAUUCUACCCCAGAAGACAUAACGACGAGCCCAUCCGCGAGAUUUACUCGACAUCCGCCAUGAUCGGAUGGACCAUGGUACUGUUCGAAGACCACCUCGCAGUCUUCAGACCCAGCCCCCAGUUUCCUAUGAGAUGCCAACAUGACCACAACAUGAAGUGGGACGAACGCCAACAAGACGAGUGCCAAGUACACUACCAAGAAAAAGCACGCGCAUGGAGAGUCAUGAAGAACGGACCAAGACCCCCGCAGAUCAAGAUCCGCGAGAACAGCCUCACGAAGGCACGACGAGAAGGAAAGCAAAUUACCUACCCAGGACACUCAGGGCAGUCAAAAAACUAG